AUGGUUGCAACGAUGCCUCCUUCAUCGAAGAGACUAAGAUAUGCUGAACAGAGUGCAGAUGAGGUUCGACGGACCGUUGCUCAGGCAUUGUUGAGUGACGACACCGCAUGUGCAGCCUUAUUGGAGGAUCUUGUUGGUCUUGAGGAAAAGGUUGUGGACGCGUUGAUGACGUUGUUAAAAACUCUCAAUCCAUCAGAAGUGAAUCUGAGCGGACCCAUAUCAAAUACUCUGCGGAAGUACUUUGCGUUGAUUGGCGUUAGUACAGCAACGGAACGUUUUAAAGAACUUUAUAAUGUUAUCGAGAGCGGGAAUGGAGCCGAGUAUGUGAGCAAUUUUGCGAUUCUUAUGUGCCAACUCGUUAGAUUUUCUAAUGUUAUCCAAUAUGACAAGCUGCUCCAAGAAGUUAUCACUAGAUUACCUUCCAUUAUUAGCACACUUUGGGGAAAUGGCUUUAAAACAGAUGCAUGUACCACUUCUCGAUUGUUUGCGGAGCUUUUACUGGCUACUCGUUCUUAUCGGGCAGAGGAGCGUGUGAAGGAUCUGUGGUUUGAACAAGUUAUUACCAAGGAUACCAGACGGUGCCCUUAUUUCGCUACACUAUCUCUUCUGCUUUCUUCUGACAACAGGAAGCAUAUAGAUGAUUUGGUUGAAGCGUCUGCUUUACAGAAGUUACCAACCAGUGAAAGAGGAAACAUGUGUUUGCGUACUCAGAUGAGCGAUGUCAUUCUAUGUUAUUUCUCAUCUCUUUAUAACCGUUGUUCACGGAGACAAAUGGAGGUGUUUCUGGACUUUGUGUUGCUUCAUGGUUUUGAGAUGAGAAAGAUUUCUAAUGUUAUUGAAGAACUGAUGCAUUGUAUUGAUAAAAUGGCUAAUGACGUACCAGCUUAUCAAUUAAUGGCUAAUUCGAUUAUGCGACUACUGCUGAAGCACAUAAUUCUGAGCCUUUCCUUGACGACUACCUCGAUUUCCUACGAAAUAUCCAGCACUGUGAAGGAGAUGAAAAGAAGAUGCCUUGCAAUUCUUGUUUUUUAUGCGGCUUACUCAAAUAUGCGUGGCAAAGAAAAAGUAGUAGCAAAAUUCUAUUGGAUGAAAGGAAAGUGUGUUGGUGGUCUUUGCCCUAGUAGUUUCCGAACAAAUCUAUCCUCUGAACACCUGAAGAACAUUGCUCACUUCCUUGAUCAUGUAGUGAAGAACAAAUGGGCGCCAGCAUUUAGUGUCUCGCCGGCUGUUAAAUCAUUGGUUUCAGCCUUUUUUGGCCUUCCUCUGCAAUUUAGUUCUGAACCCUCAAGAGGUUACUAUCUGGCUGCUGCAUUCUUGCUUAUAAAUGUGUUUAAGUCUAGCGACGAUGCAUUAUUUAAAGCUGGUAUUAGGAUGAUAAGGGAUUUAAUAAGAGGUAUUGAGAGCAAUGUCUCUCUAAAUGCUGAAUUUAGUACACUCGAGUUAUUUUUCAAUAACUGUCUGUAUUUUCUAAAGGGGUUACCAAAUGGUGAUGCCACUUGGAAGGAUGUAGCAAGCAUUCUGUGCGUAGUCGUUACGUCUAAUACGGAUAAGUCAGACGCAUUUUAUCAUUGCCCUGCUUUAACGUACAUGGAACAUUCGAGAAAGGAUUUCUCGUGGGCGCAGGUUGUAAGCCUGUCGGUCCUAUUCAUGUCAACAAGAUGGAAAGAAUUGUUGAAAUGCAGCAAACAUGAUAAACAGCAAUUAAAAAUUGUAAAGAAGAUUCGUUUAUUACUUUCAACCAUGUUGUCUACUGUUCCAUGGGAUGACAAAGAGCAAGUUCGCUCCGUUUCUGAACAGUUGUGUAUAUUGUAUGUAUAUUGGGAUUUUAUUCCUCGCAGCGUUCGACCUUCAGUAAUGAAAAAAUUGCUUACUGAGGAAGACGUGAAACUUCUGUCCAAGUUAACAACACGCAUAAUCUCAGGCAAAAUUGGAGUGGAGAAGAAAGUUUUAGAAAGUGCUAUUAAUUUCUAUUUGAAAUAUAUUCCAAUACUAUGCGAAGGAAUUCGACCACUGGAGGAAGUACUCGGCUAUGACUCAUUAGUCUGUUUGCUGCGUAGUGGUGUUUCAUUAGAUGUGAUUCUCGCACAAUUUUCAGUUGAGAAGGUGAUGGAACUUCUGAGAUUUUGCUCUACGAACGUGGAACACCCACAGGAAAAUUUGAAUAUAAUUACUUUUCUUAUUUCGUCAAAGUUAAAGGAUGUUGCAGGCGAUGCAUUAGCACCACUUGCUUCGACCUUCGAAAAUUACAUGCAAAUUGGAGAUGGCAAGGAUCUGCUAUUGCUUGCGGCAAACGCUUUGGAGAUAUUUGCACAUACUGACAUCGAACGAGAUGUUGUUGAUCUCUGCUUCAGUUUCCUUUCGGUGCAGCCAUUGCCGGGCACUGAUUUUGAGCGUAUACGAUGCGUACAAAAAGUUUUAGAUAGCGCAAUACGUUAUGCACAUCCAUCAGUCAAUAAUGAUCAAUGUGCAGUCUUUGUACAACAAUUAAUAAAAGUAUUUAAUGCUGUGCGACACUUCAUAAUUCACCACUGUGGAACAGCGGAGGAAACAGAGGAAUUAGUGCAUGGUCUUAACAGUUUAGCACACGCUAUUACUCUUCAUAGGAUUUAUUACAGUAGGAUUGUUGGUGCGAUGGUUUCGGCGGUUAUUUACCCACAGAACGAUUUGGAGUUUGCAGUAUACAAACUUCAUGACAUCAGCGAUAAGCAUAGUGCAUCCAUGCUCGCGACAAAUCUACCACCAGCCGAACGAUUACAAUAUAAGAGAAUCUUUACAUCACUCAAAAAGGCGAGAAAACUUAUUGUUUGA